ACAGUCACACAUGAAAAGGAUUGGUUCACCCAUUAUAAGCUUGCUCUCUUUUUGAUUCUCUGUCAUCGUGAAAAUGGCUCUACAAUUCAAAGAAGAGAUUAGGAUCGUCAUGGUGGGGAAAACAGGGGUUGGGAAGAGUACAUCUGGAAACACCAUCCUUGGACAGGAGGUUUUUCAAAAAGAAACAAGCUCCAAGUCUGUGACCAGGGAGUGCAAGAAGGCGACUGAAAUUGUUGAUAAUAAAGAAAUCACAGUGGUGGACACUCCUGGAUGGUGUGAUGCAGACUUAUCUGAUGAAGAGCUUAUAAAGGAAGCAUUUAAAUGCAUUGACAUGUCCUACCCUGGACCGCACGUCUUUCUACUUAUUCUGGCAAUUGGUCGUUUCACAGAGGAAGAGAAAGAAGCAGUCCAGAAAAUACAGGAGGUCUUUGGUGAAAAUGCCAUUAAAUACACAAUGAUUCUUUUCACAAGAGGAGACGAUCUAGAGGACAAAAGUAUUGAUGAGUAUAUAAGAGAGGCUAAAGUAGAUCUUAAAGCUGUGGUUGACAUGUGUGGAGGCAGAUAUCAUGUUUUCAACAAUAGAGAUAAAAGCCAUCAACAAGUGUCAGCACUCAUCCAGAAGAUCCAAAAUAUGGUGAGAGACAACAAAGGUCAGUACUUUUCCAACAAAACAUAUGAAAUGCUGGGAGAACAUAAAAAAACUCAAGGUGAUUUACAACAGCAAAUGCAAGUUGCUGAAAAAGAGAAAGAUAUAAACAUUGCUGAGUUUCAGAAAAUGAUAAAAGUGUUUGAUCAAGAGAUGCAGCAGCUGAAAUUGAGGGAAUCACAGCUGCAAGAACAACUGAGAAGCCUGGAGACUAAAAAUACUGAUAGGAUAAGUUGUAUGCGGACGGAGCUGGAAGAACAAAAACAGAGAGAAGAGACAUUAAAGCAACAGUUUAGCUUGAAGGAAGCAGAGCUAAAAAGUAUCAAUGAAAAGCAUAACCACAGAAUGGAUGAAAAGCUUCAGAGGUUGCACAUGGAGAACCAAAACAUCUUAACAAAAAUACAAGAGCUGCAACUAAAGCAACAGCAACCAUUCUCAAAAGCUGCCUUGAACAAUAUUCGCUGGUUGAAAGCUUUUCAGGAUAAAGAUGAAGAGGCGGGACUUGAGCAGCUUGUGAUGGCUGUAAUUGUAAAGAAUGGAUCUUCUACGAGUGACAGCACAAGGAAAGCUGGAAUUGUAAAGAAUGGAUCUUCUACGAGUGACAGCACAAGGAAAGCUGGAAUUGUUAGAGGCCUUAAAGAAAAUGCUGCAUCCUGCACACAAACGCGUCCACCGCACAAUAUUGUCACAAGUGACGAACAGGCGGAACGAAAAGCAGCGAGGGAAGGUUCCGCCCAGACCAACUCCCGCAAACACUGGCACUUCCGGGUAACCCCUAGCAACGCAAAUCAGGGCGAAAUACACACCAGUGGGCGGACGAACCUUAUUCCACUCACCGUGACGGGCUCCAACGGCUUUCCCCCGGCACAUUGCUGGACAGAGUGUGAGAAUAUUGGCCUUAUAUUUCACGAAAGAGUGUGUGCUGCUGUGGGUCCAGUUGAAGUACCGUGUAAGCCGGCUCGUGGAAGUGCUGAAGCGGUGGUACCAUCGUGGACUUACCUCAUUAUCCCCCCUGGCUCGUGUGUAUCUCACCGCAGAGGAAAAACUGAGAAACUGCUGCCCCCUUUGAAACAGGUACACCUCAGACCCCUGGACGGGGCGGAGAGCGAGCUAACAUCCAGCCACCCGUUCUGGUCCCCCGGUCAGGAAACGGAGAAGCGAGGACCUCCGAGGAACAGGAGAAAUGACCUACCUCUCUCAACGAGGCACUGCUUUGGCCCCGUUCCGUGGUUGACACCAGGCUCCGACGAGGGAGGCUCUCGAAUCACAGGUGACCACUGGAUUUACCCCCUAUCCGUCGGCCCCAAGCGUGCUGAACAAGCCCUGAAAAGUGAAGCCAAAACAUCUCGAUUACUCCCCAGUGACUGCUGGUUUCUGUCGGGGCCUCGACAUGCAUCCAUUCAUUUGCUUGUGUCUGAGGAGCUCGAUGAAAGGUCCCAAGAGGGGAUGAGGCGCGGUCUGGGUGGAUUUUACCUUCAGGUCGUGCUGUCCCAACGACCUACCCUCGAUAUCGAAGUGAUUCAGAAGCCAGAAGUGGAGGUGCCAGAGGUCCCGCCUCAGAUCUUCUCUGGGGCCGGCCAUCUCCGUAGACUGAAAGUGACGCCAGAACCGCAGGAAGCAGAGGCUGCCUGGGAGCAGACGACAGACAAGACUGGGAGAGGCCAGGCCCGCUGGUCGAGAUUCCCUCCCUGGAACGGGAUCGUCAGGGCUGCUCAGGAACCAAAAGGGUCCCUCACAGUCACCUUACGGCCUGUCUUCCUACGGAACAAGAGCAGAAUCCUGCGCAGUAUACCAAACAGCCUUAUUCGCGAGAUGGGUAUGACAAGAAAGCAAACCUCGACAUCUCCCAUCUGUGCAAGUAAAGCCAGAGACAUCUCUCUUGGACCCCAAAAGUGGACAUCGCUUGACCCAGAGGGCAUGCUGUCACGUUCAUCACCGAAGGGCGAGGUCAAUGACAGCACGCAGUUCCUGCCAUAUCACGGAGUGAAAAACAAGCGUAGCGGGGGGAGGAACGGGUUGCAGGUAACAACCGGCAACAAGUCGCUCGCACUCAACCUUUCCCUAGGAAAUAAGGUGCGUAUUAUCCUGGUUGGUAAAACAGGAUGUGGGAAGAGUGCCACAGGAAAUACCAUCCUUGGAAAGGAUGUUUUUCACCAAGAAUUAAGCUCCAAGUCAGUGACCAGGCAGUGUAAGAAAGCUACUGAAAUUGUUGGUGAUAAAGAAGUCACAGUGGUGGACACUCCUGGAUGGUGUGAUACGGAGCUAUCUGAUGAAGAGCUUAAAGAGGAAGCAGUCAAGUGCAUGGACCUGGCCUAUCCUGGACCGCAUGUCUUCCUACUUGUGUUAAUGGUUGGUCGUUUCACAGAUGAAGAGAAAAAAACUGUCCAGAAAAUAUGGGAGGUCUUUGGUGAAGAUUCCAAUAAAUACACAAUGAUUUUGUUCACAAGAGGAGACGAUCUGGAUGAAAAACGUAUUAAUGACUAUGUAAGAGAGGCUACACCAGAUCUUAAAGCUUUAGUUGAGGAGUGUGGGGGCAGAUAUCAUGUUUUCAACAAUAAAGAUAAAAACCGUAACCAAGUAACAACACUUCUUAAGAAGAUCCAAGAUAUGGUGAGAAACAACAACGGACAAUGUUUUUCUAACACAACAUACCAACAAUUACAAAAAUACAUAACAAGAGAAGCUGAGUUAAUGGAGCUAAUCCAAGCUGCUGAGAGGGAGAUGCAAGCCGGAAAAGCUAGGUGCAAAAUACUGAUGCUGGAGAAUAAACACUACAAGCAGAGAGAGGAAGAGCUAGAGCAACGACUAAAACAACAACAACAACAACAUCAACAGCAACAACAACAUAAACAGCAACAACAACAACAACAACAACAACAACAACAGCAACAACAACAACAACAACAACAGCAACAACAACAACAGCAACAACAACGAGUCAGAAAAUUGAUUGACCAGUUUACAAUGAUGUCUGCAAAUAAGCAAAAGGAAGAAGAAAGCAGAAACAUAGCUGAACUAACACAGCUGCUCGAAAAAAAGAUUGCUGAAAGGGAAGCAAUGUAUAAAUCUCAACAAGAAAGCUGGAGUUGCUGUAUUUCAUGUAAUAAGGUGCGUAUUAUCCUGGUUGGGAAAACAGGAUGUGGGAAGAGUGUCACAGGAAAUACCAUCCUUGGAAAGGAGGUUUUUCACCAAGAAUUAAGCUCCAAGUCAGUGACCAGGCAGUGUAAGAAAGCUACUGAAAUUGUUGGUGAUAAAGAAGUCACAGUGGUGGACACUCCUGGAUGGUGUGAUACAGAGCUAUCUGAUGAAGAGCUUAAAGAGGAAACAGUCAAGUGCAUCGACCUGGCCUAUCCUGGACCGCAUGUCUUUCUACUUGUGUUAAUGAUUGGUCGUUUCACAGAUGAAGAGAAAAAAACUGUCCAGAAAAUACGGGAGGUCUUUGGUGAAGAUUCAAAUAAAUACACAAUGAUUUUGUUCACAAGAGGAGACGAUCUGGAGGGAAACAAAUGUAUUAAUGACUAUGUAAGAGAGGCUGCAACAGAUCUUAAAGCUUUAUUUGAUGAGUGUGGGAACAGAUAUCAUGUUUUCAACAAUAAAGAUAAAAACCGUAACCAAGUAACAACACUUCUUAAGAAGAUCCAAGAUAUGGUGAGAAACAACAACGGGCAGUGCUUUUCUAACACAACAUACCAACAAUUACAAAAAUACAAAGUAAGAGAAGCUGAGUUACAGAAGCAAAUCCAAGCUGCUGAGAGGGAGAUCCAAUUAGAAAAAGCUAGGCGCAAAAAACUGGAGGAGGAGAAGAAACACUACAAGAAGAGAGAGGAAGAGCUAGAGCAACGACUAAAACAACAACAACAACAGCAACAACAACAACAGCAACAACAACGAGUCAGAAAAUUGAUUAACCAGUUUACAAUGACAAAUAUGCAAAAGGAAGAAGAAAGCAGAAACAAUAUGCAAAAGGAAGAAGAAAGCUCAAAAAAUAAGCAAAGGGAAGAAGAAAACAGAAACAAUAAGGAAAAGGAAGAAUUCAAAGCCAAACUAAAUCAGCUGCUGGAAAAAAAGAUUGCUGAAAGGAAAGCAAUUAUUGCUGAAAGGGAAGCAAUGUAUGAAUGUCAACAAGAAAGUUGGAGUUGCUGUAUUUCAUGAAAGUCUUGUUAAUCUAGAGGUCUCUUAAAAGUUUUUUAGAAUAACUCAAUGUAUCUCAAUGAUAAAAUGAUUUUGGAUUUU